CUUCAAUCCCUGACAGACCGGUACCGCGUUUAAAUCUUCUUCAUCAUGUAGUACAAAUUAAUUCGAUAGCCGUACCGAGUAACCAUACCCGUAUGUCUUGAGUCGUGCAAAAAAAUUAUCUGAAAUUUAUAUGUUAUCAGAAAUGCCUGUGCGAAUCCAGUCUAUCCAAAUUGGGACAGACGUUUGUUUGAAUCGGAUAAUGUGCCCAUCUUUGUGGCAUAAAAAAAUCAGUGGACGUCUGUUCAACUAACAAGUUUCAUCUUCUGCCCGUCACCGUCAUUCGAACAGUGUUGAGAAAGUUUGUACGGUUUCCACUCUGCCUGUGACGUUAAUCUGCGCUCUCACCGAUAAGGUUGCUAUAAAAGACAAUUUGACAGCUCUUACAAUUAUUGCGUGCAACUCUAGACAUUCUCCGUAAUUACGGAAUUCAAGUUUUUACAAAAAUGGAGGCGGUCCCCAGGCUGCCCAUGCUCUCGUUUGACCUAAAGGUCAGUCCAGAGCCAAGUUCUUUCGGUCCGAAACUAAAGCAGUACAUACGUGACUUUUACAACGAAGAUCCGGAAUCUUAUAACAACGAGAUACACCAGCUCGAAUCUCUCAGAGUUACCGCAGUUCGGCCUCCGAUCGACCUGACAGGGUGCUCUCUUUUGAAAAAGUAUUACUGCCAGUUACAUUUUUUACAGAGUAGAUUUCCUAUGGGAAACGAUGGCGCCGCUGCUGUCACAUUCACUUGGAGAGAUACUUAUGCAAACAUGGUCUAUUCCCUGGCAAAUAUCAGGUUUGAGAUAAUAUCCAUUUUGUACAACAUUGGAGCUGUGCAUACGCAGUUAGGUUCUCAAACGGAGCGCACAACUGCUGAGGGAAUGAAAAUGGCUUGUGCACACUUUCAAUGUGCAGCUUGGGCAUUUGAUCAUCUGAAAAAUACAUACCCACAACCUCCCGGAGUUGAUCUGGCCCCAGAAUUGAUGACUUUCAUGCAUCAGCUCUGUCUGGCUCAAGCACAGGAGUGCAUUCUAGAAAAAAGCAUGCUAGAUAAUCGCAAGGCUACUAUUGUUGCAAAAGUUGCCACGCAAAUUGUAGACUAUUAUAACUUGGCAUUAAAUACUUUGGAACAAGGUGGUAACGACGAUGGCUCUGUCGCUGAUACUGUGGGCAGUAAAAUAUUCAAGAAUUGGAAAAGAUAUGUCCGUUUCAAGAAGCUCUAUUACUUAGCGGUCUCACAAUUAUACCAAGGCCAGGCUGCAGAGGAGCAGCAAAAAAUGGGGGAAAGAGUUGCUUUUUACAACGCAUCCUUAGCCACUCUGAAUGAGACUCGCACUCUCUAUACCACCACAAAAGGCGGAGGGAUCAUGUCAACAAACGAAGACAAGGAAGCUGUCGAGGAUGCGCUGACCUUUACUAACGAUGUUAUAGAAGGCAAACGGAAGGCAGCUAAGAAUGAGAAUGAAUUUAUUUACCACGAGGAAGUGCCGGACAAAGAAUCCCUGCCUCCGAUUAAGGGUGCUUCUCUUGUAAAAGGAAUUCCUUUUAAUGUUAAUGACCCAGAAGUUUCUGGUCCAGAUAUAUUUUCGAGGCUCGUGCCAAUGAAAGUGCACGAAGCUAGCUCUUUAUACUCCGAAGAAAAAGCUAAAGUCUUACGUUCCGUUGGGGCAAAAAUCGAGGAGCGUGAUCAGCAGCUCAUUACGUAUCUUGCAUCCUUAAGUCUUGACAAUUUGAAUUUAUGGGAUCCUGAUAACAGAGAUGCUAGUCCAUUGGUUCUGCCCGACGAACUAGCAGAACGCUGCGCCGCGCUAAAUGCGAAACCAAACGCAAUUCAAGAUCUGGUAGAUGCGAUGGGAAAACUCGCAGAUACUUAUCACGAUGUUGAAGCAAUGUUGAAAGAUAUAGACGAACUUCUCACUCACGAAAAGACUAGAAUUUCUUCUUGUAGGGAGACUGAAUAUCAAACAGUGCUUGGGAAGAGACCUCCUUCGAUCGUAGCCACUGACUUGACUCGAGAAGCAAAUAAAUACCAAGAAGCGCAUGCAAAGGCUUCGGAAAGCAACCAAGCACUACACAGGGCUAUGACUUUGCACGUGAACAAUCUCCGAAUACUAGCUCAACCUUUAGCCAACCUGAUGGCUCAAAUUCCAUCCCCUAAGAGUCGAUCCAGUGGCAGCGACUCAGCUGACAAAGAUGCGGAUGUGGUUACUAGAGAGCUUAAACGAAUUUUGGGCAAAGUGGAUGAAAUGCGCAGACAAAGAAGCGAUUUGCACGCCCAACUCAGAGCCUCCAUAGCCCAAGAUGAUCUCACGCGACUUUUAGUCACUGCCAAUACUGAUACUGGAUCCCUGGAUCGUUUGUUCGCCGAACAAAUCAGCAAGCAUAACAGACUUAUCAGUCUGAUAGAUCAAAACCUAGCCGCGCAGGAGAACAUACUGACGGCUCUGACGGAUGUCUAUGCCCGUAGUGCGGAUACCCGAAAAUCUAUCGACGAGGUUUUGAAGCGACGUGAUAGCAUGAUAAAUUCCUUAAUCACAUCUUACGACGCCUACGAAGACCUGCUGGCAAAGUCGUCGAAGGGAUUGGAGUUCUACAGAAAAUUGGAAACCAACGUUUCAAAAUUAUUACAGCGUGUCAAGAGCACUUGUAAAGUUCAAGAGGAAGAGCGCGAACAAAUACUGGCUCGUAACAGCAAACCUACUGUAAAAAAUAUAGAGUUUACAAACGUGGGUGGAAUUACCGAAGAUUCUCAACCACCCAGCGGGGGAUUGAAGCUCAAAGAUUAUCUCGCGAGCAGACAAAAGGGUGCUUCCGUUGCAUCUACACCUAGCUAUCAAAAUCCAUACUACGCCCAGCAAUCCGGUUCACCUCAGCCAGUUCCUGCGGUUCGUCCAGCUCCUGUUGGUCAGGAAGGAAAUGAUGCGGGUUCUAACCUUCUCCCUGAUACUUCGGACACUAAUAGAAGCUAUCAGUAUCCUGCAGGUUAUGCCGAUUAUUACAAGGCCCAAAGAGGAACCAACGAACCGUCCCAUGCCUAUGGAUACGUAGAUUACUCGGCAGGAGUGCUGAAUUCUAGCCUACCAAAAUCUGGUACGACAAACACCGCUAGCACUUAUCACCAGGCAAAUGGAUCAGCGGAAACUACAGAGGCAACAAGUUUUAACGGACACUAUCCUAACUACCCUAGUUCGAUGAACGAGCAAAAUCAGUACCCACCAAGUAUUCAUAGUCAUUAUUCGUCUCCGUCAACCACGCAGCUCCAGUACAAUACUGGUAAUUACAAUCAAUAUCCUGGGUAUUCUUAUCCGGAACCAAGUUACACACCCCAGAAUUCCGUGCAUCAGUAUUCCGCUGGAGAGAAUUCCGACGUGAGUCACAGUGUCCCACCCGCCAGCUCUGGUAUCGGACAGCAAAACCCGGCGCAUUAUCAACCGACUAAAUCAACUUACCAGGAGACACCCCAACAGCAGCUGAGCCAGAGCCAACAAAUUGCCGGACAAAUUCGCCAGUACGAAACGCAGAAUACUCAAUUGCAACAAAGUCUGCAACAAAUCUCGCAACAUUCCCCACACAUGUCGGCGCCGAGUAAACAGCUUCCUGGUCAAUAUCCUGAAUCUUCUCAGUACCAACCUGCCAUUCCUAAUCCUCAACUGCAGCAGCCGAUUCCCCAAACGCAUCAACUUACUCCGAACGACAUUCCGGUGCAGAGCCAUAACAGCUCGCAGAUAUCUUCCAAUGGUGCGUCGACAGGCCUCUCAACGCCUUACCCUCAAACUCAAUAUGGUGGCUACGAUAGCUCAGCGUCUUAUGCCAGUGACACGUACCCUCCAGGAGUACAUCAGAAUCAGCAGGGCUAUUCAAAUUCUACGACAUCACAGUAUCAGCAGAUGCAAUCGCAGUUACAAUCGUACCAUGGGCAGGCGUCCUAUCAGGACGGAACGCAAAUUCAGAAGGUCGAUGGUAUUACGGCGAACGUUACGCAAGGACAGAAUACUAACGUCACGCAGAGCUAUCCCGACUCGCAGCAGAGCUACAGAGGCUAUCAAAUUCCGUAUUCGGCCGCCUAUCAACCACAGAGUACGCAAAAUUCCACAAUAUCUCAGAGCUACGCUGGUGGGAGUUAUCAAAGCCACUCCGAAAUUAUACAGAGCCACACAAAACCGAGUGUUGCUCAAAAUUAUCAACAAACCUAUCAGUAUCCUGUACAGGGUCAGUACCCCAACGUUAUGCAGCAGUAUCAAAAUUAUUCACAAGGAUACCAGAGCGGAUAUCAAGGGAAUCAAGUUGCCGAUUCGUUGACGGCAUCACAAACUGAUUCGUAUAAGGGCCACCCUGGGUACGCGUAUGAUCCAAUGACCGGCGGCUAUCAGUACAGCUCCGGAUAUCAAAAUUCUCAAAAUUCACAGCAAGAGUCAAACGAUGUUGGUAACAGCGGUACAGCUUUGCAGCAGAAUCCAGCUUACAGUAAUUACGUACCACAGGAUAAAAACACCCAGUAUACCAUAGCCGGAAAUAAUAGCUCAACAAAUCACACGCCCUCAUCUCAGUACAAUCAGUCGUCUUAUCAAACGCCGAAUUACAAUCAGGCUUAUUACACCCUGCCGUACGGCCACCAGGGGCAAGAAAACAGCGGGGUAGAGACAGCAGGUCAGCAAGGGCAGACACAGACUUAUAUGCAGGCGUCCAACACCGCUACCAACACUACUACAAGUCCAUCCGUGGAGAAACCAAUUGUGCAAUCAGACCAGCCAAAAUCUAACGUAGAUUUGCUAGCUGAUCUUGAAUUUAGCAUAAAUCAUGCGCCUUUGGUGCCCGAAGUCAAUCCUAUCAAUAAAUCCGAGAGUCGAAUAGAUUUGGCAGAAAGUGAAACGAUACUGAAACCCAUUCCGACAGUGAAAGAGCUACCCGUUAAACAGGAAAGUGAACUUGUGACGGAGGCUAAACUCGAGGAGAAAAUGGAGAACCUGCAAAUCGUAUGGGACACUUGGUACAACGACGUACAACCCAAAAACGAUCCACUUGGCGAUCCCCACGCUUUGCAAAAGUUUGCCUACGAUGUUGAGAAGUAUGAAAAAUUCAUAGACGGGCUCUUGACCACAACCUUGAGCGGUGCUACUACACUGGAUAUAAAAUGGAAGGAAGUUUGUGAUUUUCAGGAACGCGAAGCCAAAAAACAAUUGACAGCUGUAGCGCUUGCUCAUGGAUCAGACAACAGAUCUGCAACGUCGAUUCCUUACGAUGGGUCAAGAGUAGAAUUAUCUUCCUCGGACCUCUAUAUAAAUGCAUCUCAUGUUAAAGAUAUGACGCCUUGUAUACCAGUCGCUUUUAUUGUCACUCAAGCUCCGACGCCAAAAACUCUGGCGACGUUCUGGACGAUGAUUUGGGAACAAGAGUGUGAAGUUAUUGCCUGUCUUGCAUCGAAUUCACAGUUAAAUGACGAGAUAUACUGGCCGACGGCUAAGGGAGAUGACUUGACGAUCGACAGCUUUAUUGUUUCCCUGGAGAGCAGCAUGAAUCAUACAACUUACUUACAGAGAAUAAUAUCGCUGAAACACAAAGAAAAAAAGACUUCCAGGAUCGUCGUCCACAUGCAGUUCACAAUGUGGCCUCCUAAUGGAUAUCCAAGCAGCCCAGGACCUUUGCUCACCUUUUCGAAUGACACCCUAUCUGAACAAGCUUUGAGACGUUCGAGAAGACCUAUCGUCGUUCACUGUGUUGAUGGUGGCUCACUCAGCGGUCUUUUUCUCGUGGCUGUGGCCUCUGUCUGCAACGUGAGGGCUGGGCGAGGGCUGGUCGAUGCCGGGCUCGUAUUUUCAACUCUCGUCAGAUUCCGUCAAUCGCUUGUCGACAAAGAUUCUCUGCUCUUCUCGUACCGCAUGAUUCUCUACCAUGGUCAAGACACGCUUAUGAAACGGGGGAUUUUAUCGUCGUCUCGGUCUACCUUCGAGUGCUUUGAUGGAAACAAGUCGAAAAAGGGUAGGAGCAAGGUUCAGCAACGCCAUCCCUCAGAUGAUUUUCUUCACAAUCUCGCCGCAGGAAUGCUACGUACGUCACAGAAAUUUGGUUCAGGAGGUUCAAAAGAGUCUAUAGCCGAGAGCUUGUCUGCGACGGAAAAAUUGGAAGAGCCAAAACCCGUGGAUCCAUUAAGUCAACUAGAUCCGAUGUGGUCAAUUAGGAAAUAAACUAGAGUAAGAUGAUCAACAGGGCAUCGCGUAAACGGUACAGAAGGUAAACCUCGAUAGUGUGAUACGAAGUCUUGCGUUAAUUAUUAUACACGAAACAAAAUAUCAUGAAUUAAAGCAACUUAUGAAUAUAAUAUAUGUACAGUUAGAAUUCGUACACAAUAUUAAUUGCUGUCAACUCAAACAGUUAGCAUUAUUCUGAUCCAACACGCCGUUCAUUUUAUUAAACAAUUUACGUAUGUUGACACCAAUGAUCGGGGGCAAGUUAUUAUGAACCUAUCGUUCAUCAAUUCUGAAUUUUUAUACAACAAUGACCACUAUUUACAACACAGCGCUGACAGUUGGAUACAUCCAUUCGUUUUGCCGAUUGAUUAGUACUCGACUGAAUAUGAUGUAAUUAUAAAAAAAGAAAAUAUGUAACUCCCAAAUAUGUGGGUGAAUAAAUCCUGCUAGCGUUAAUAAAAAUAUAAUAAAUCAAA